AUGGCGCUUCAAUCGAUCCGUGUGAGCGGCGCAUUUAAGACAAGCCGGCGCUCCUGCAGGGCGGCGAGGUUGGUGACCUUCGCUACAGCCGCUAAGGCGCCUACCCUCCCUUAUCGUGUGGGCCACGGCUUUGAUCUGCAUCGGCUGGCUGAGGGAUACAAGCUCAUCAUCGGUGGCAUCGACAUCCCUCACACGAAGGGCUGCGAGGCCCACUCAGACGGUGACGUGCUCCUGCACACCGUCACGGACGCGAUCCUUGGCGCGCUCUGCCUGCCGGACAUUGGUCAGUUGUUCCCGGACACCGAUCCCAAGUGGAAGGGCGCCCGGUCGGACAUCUUCCUUAAGGAGGCGGUUCGAUUGAUGGAUGAGAAGGGCUAUGUCUUAGGUAAUCUUGAUUGCACCAUCAUUGCGCAGAAGCCCAAGCUCUCGCCGCAUAAGGAAAACAUCCGUAACAACCUCAGCGCCAUGCUUCAUGCGGACCCCUCCGUUGUAAACAUCAAGGCCAAGACCCACGAAAAGGUGGACAGCAUCGGCGAGGAGCGUUCCAUCGGGUGUCAUGCUGUGGUAAUGCUCAUCCGCAAGGAUCUGGCGUGA